CGACAACCCCAAUUCCGUUUUCCCACACAAACACUCACUUUCAAAAACCCUAAUAAUAAUAAUCCAAUUUCAUCACUCACCUGAAUGCCGAUGAUAAUCGAGCAGUAAAAUAAUGUCUGUUUCGGAGCUCAAACAACGCCACAUCGCUGCAACGGAAACUGUAAACUCUCUUCGACAACGGUUAAACCAGAAACGUCUUCAACUUCUCGAUACCGACAUUGCUGGAUAUGCGAAAUCGCUAGGGAAGUCUCCGGUUGCUUUCGGUCCGACUGAUCUCGUUUGUUGUCGGACCUUACAAGGCCACACAGGGAAGGUUUAUUCACUGGACUGGACUCAUGACAAGAAUCGAAUAGUCAGUGCAUCACAAGAUGGCAGGUUAAUAGUUUGGAACGCUCUCACAAGUCAGAAAACACACGCCAUUAAACUACCAUGUGCAUGGGUGAUGACAUGUGCGUUCUCGCCACGUGGACAAUCGGUUGCAUGUGGCGGACUUGAUAGUGUAUGCUCCGUUUUUAAUCUUAGCUCACCAACUGAUAAAGAUGGUAAUAUACCGGUAUCAAGAAUGCUUAGUGGUCACAAGGGUUAUGUGUCAUCUUGUCAAUAUGUUCCUGAGGAAGAUAAUUAUUUAAUUACAAGCUCUGGUGAUCAGACGUGUGUGUUGUGGGAUAUUACUACUGGACUCCGAACUUCUGUUUUUGGAGGCGAGUUUCAAUCGGGACAUACUGCUGAUGUUUUAAGUGUUUCAAUCAAUAGCUCAAAUACACGAAUGUUUGUGUCGGGCUCUUGUGACGCAACUGCGCGCCUUUGGGACACUCGUGUUGCAAGUAGAACAGUAAGAACGUUUCACGGUCACGAGGGUGAUGUUAAUUCUGUAAAAUUCUUUCCUGACGGAAAUAGAUUUGGAACCGGAUCAGAUGAUGGAGCUUGCAGACUAUAUGACAGCAGAACCGGACACCAGUUACAAGUUUACUCCCCACCACAACAGCAGCAGCAAGGUGGCACUGGUACUGAUGCACCUAUGGUAACUUCUAUUGCGUUCUCCAUAUCGGGCCGGCUUCUCUUUGCUGGAUAUUCUAAUGGUGACUGUUUUGUAUGGGAUACUUUAUUAGCAAAGGUGAUUUUGAACUUGGGGUCACUUCAUAACUCGCACGAGGCCCGUGUCAGUUGUUUGGGUUUAUCUUCUGAUGGCAGUGCAUUGUGCACAGGAAGUUGGGAUACGGAUCUCAAGGUUAGCUCAAACUCGGUUUUCCGAUGCAUAUUGUCAUGAAAUCUUUUAUGGUAUUUUAUAGAGGUGGCAUAACGGGUAGGCUAGGUAAUGGGCAGUGUUGUAAGAAUCGCUAGGCGCUAGUUGGCCGGUGGGGUACGGAUUAAUCGGAUUGGGAAUUUUAUAUGUAAUCUUCAGAUUUAUAUAUAUACGCACACAUUUUUAUGUGUAAUUUUUUUAGCAAGCCAAGUUUUAAGCC